AUGAAGCAAGAUCCCCCUGAUCCAGGGCCUUCUGGCAAGGAAGGACUGCUGAUUCAAGCUAGAAACAGUGCUGAGACUGCAUCCAGACGCAACAGUAGCAGUGCUGCUAUCUUUGGAGGUGGAACCUCCGGAAGUUCUUCCUCGACCCUAAUGGGAAUCUACGGAGCGCUGUCCAGCUGUGCAGCUGCUGUCGCCCUUCAGCCCCUGGACGUCAUAAAGACCCGACAACAACAGCAGGGAGCUACAGGUGUGAAGGUCUGCAUCAGGACUGCUGCAGGGGCCAUACAUAGGCAGUAUGGCCUUUUGGGCUUUUGGAGAGGCUCCAUUGCCACUGUCCUUCGAGUCGCACCCGGCACCGGCUUGUACUUUUCAGCGCUAGGGCCUAUGAUGGGAACCUGGGGAACGGUGGCUCCUCUGUUGCGUUGUUUGCCUUUGGAUCGCCUGAUGGAAACUUCUUCGAAGCUCGACCCGAACGUUGUUCCUGCAUGGUAUCUAGGUGUUAUCUCUGGGGUCGCCAGAGGAGCGGCAGUCGUUCUUUUUAACCCCAUAUCCAUUGUCAAAACGCGCAUGGAAUCCUCGCUGGGGUCAGGAAGCAUGAUGCAGUCUUUCUGGCACUUACUGCGGCAUGAGCCGCCGCUUAAUUGGUGUCGGGGCUCUCUGGCGACCAUUUUUCGCGAUGUACCUUUCUCAGGUUUAUUCUUUGUCGUGUACGUACAUUUAAAGGGCUACCUGGGCGUAGAAGCUGACUCUAGAGAGAACGUCAACUUCUAUGCACUCCAAAACUUUGCAUGCGGCGCCGCUGCGGCUGCCACAGCAUCAGCCAUCACGCAUCCUUUCGACGUGCUGCGGACACGGCUGCAGUUGGAUGCGGUGGCAGCAAGCUUAAAUGGGUCGACGGCAAGUGGGAGUAACAGCGGUCCGUCCGCUAUAAGGCACCAAGGAAUAAUGACACGGGUGGCAGAACUGGCGAGGACUGAGGGUCCCAGCGUUCUGUGGCGGGGUUUGGGAAUUCGGCUGCUGAAGCGCAGCCUGAUGGCUGCGCUGACGUGGACCUCCUUUGAAGAGAUAAAAACGGCUGCCUCUGGCUCUUUGGCGCCGGCCGCCGCUGGCGAAAGGAACGGCUAA